ACCGACGCGCGGCCGGCGAUGGUGCGUCCGACGUGCGAUGGGCGACAGUGGUGAAGCCAUGCUGGAGAUCACGGAGAAAGUGAAACGACACCUGCGCCAUCUCUCCAGCUCGAGCUCCACCUCCAGCGCGUGCAGCGCCUCAAACGGAGGCAGUCUGGUACUAGUGCAGGCCCAAGUGAUGAUGCGGGACGACAACAUGGGCGGCUGGCUGCCGAUGGGCGGCUGGGGCCUCUCCAAGGUCUCGGUGCGCAAGCGGCACCCGCGCUACGAACACGUCAACGCAGAACACCCGAAAACGGAGUACAUGAUCUUCGGCAAGCGCAUCAACGACGGAGUGUCGGUACUGAGCUGCACAAUCAAGAAGGAUUUUGUGUACCACAAGGUGAUGCCGACGUUCCACCACUGGAAGACGGGCGACAAGAAGUUCGGGCUCACCUUCCAGACGGCGGCCGACGCGCGCGCCUUCGACCGAGGAGUGCGCUUGGCUGUGCAGGAUCUGCUGGACGGCCUCUCCGACUCGGAAUCGUCACCGCUGUACGAAUCGCCGACUCCGCCGACGCCACCUCCGCCGCCGGGCCGGCCACCGCCGCGGCCGCCGCCGCACGACCCGGCGCUGCCUUCGCCGCCGCCGAUUGGAGACAAUGACGUGUUCAUGACGCUGGAGCUGCCUGUGGACCGGUACGACAGCCGCUCGUCUUCGGACUCGUCCGUGUCGCGCCAGACGGCCGCUUCGCCGCAGUCGGCGCUGCUGCACCGCAUGUCGUUCGGCCCCGGUGGCGGCGGCGGCUCGGCCGGGCCCCACUCGGACGAGAGCGCCGCCUCUGAGUACCCGUACGUGCAGUUCGCGCGCGACAGGCCCUCCAAGCACGAGUACAGCUACCCGGCCAUGGAGGACCUAGUCAAGCAGAAGGAGGCGCUGAAGCGCGGCGCGGGCGAGGUGCUGCACCUGACGCAGCCGCCGCUGCCUAGCAAGGGCGGCAAGCGGCGCGUGGAGCCGCACCGGCCGCUGCCGCGCCGCUGCCGCCACUGCCAGGAGCCGUACGACGAGGCGAGUAACGGCCGAGGCCAGUGCGAGUACGCGCCGGACGCCGUGCGGACGUGUCUGGACGCGGUGACGUGUAUGCCGGCCGCGCAGUGCAUGCUGUACCACUGCUGCGCCGACGCCGAGGGCGACUUCGGCAGUCGGCCGUGCGCGUGCGCGCCACGCGAAGAGCGCUGCCUGCGCCGCUGGCUGGGCCUGACGCUGCUGGCCGCGCUGCUGCCCUGUCUGUGCUGCUAUCCGCCGCUGGCCGGCUGUUACCGCUGCUGCCGGCGGUGUCACGCGUGCGGCGGCAAGCACGGCCCCUCCACGCACCCGUAGUCACGCCACACUCACGCACGCGUCACGCGCGACCACAGUCACGACACACAGACACACACACAGACACACACACACACACACGGCGCCCACCGCGGCCGAGCCGCUGCGAACUCGCAAGCCGAGGGCGUGCAGCGCACACACAUUCUACGUAUGAACAAUGCGAUAUAUGAAUAGAGAACGUAUAUGCGGUGAAGAGCGCAGCGUUUGUUGUUCUGCGCAUGCGCCCGCCGCCGCCCGGCCACCGCCGCUGUCACUACUCUUAGAAGGCACGCGUGCGCUGUGUUCGUUAUCCAAAGGGAUCCCAAUGUCUCGAGGGCUCAGGGGAUAUUGUGACGCUCUUUGGAAGCUCUGUCUUCAGUUCUGUUGAUAUACGCGCUCGCUGCGCCGCCUGCGCGUGUACAUGAAUGUGAUAUAUGGGUGCGGCGGGGGCCGGGUCGGCCGCGAGGACGCUGGUUUUGGCGCGCGGCGCUUCUCUGCACGGCGCCCGUGUUAAUUACUUGAGAUCGGUCUAUCCAGGCUCGGAGAGGUGGCUUUAUCCGCCACGCGGACCGGCGUCGCCAGCUGUGGGCGGCGGCCGGCGCCAGGGCCGGCACCGGCAAGCUUUACCGAUAGCAGUGCUGUUGAGAUUGCGGAAGCGUUUCCAGAGUUGCCGACUUUGUGCGCGUUUGGCCCGCCAGGUGACGCCUCAUCUCCAUUGGCGCGCGCGGCCGCUAGGCGCGGUUUUAUAGUUGUGACGUGUCGGUGUUGGAGUUGCGCCCACGCGAGCGCACACCCACACAACGUUGUAAUGUACUCCUCAUCUUUGUGAACUGGACUCAUCGCUACUGUCAUUUGUUCCUAAAUACAUGCCGCUUAAUACCCGA